GAAGGCUAGUUGAAUUCGCUGAUGAUGAAAAUAAACUAGACCAAGCAGCACUAGAAUAUAGAGACCUUCAUGGCCGGAGCCUUCCCAAGGUGAAUACUCAGUUAAAUACAUGGCCAUGAGAAAACAGACAAAUCAGAGCGAGAACAUUAUCUAUCACUGCUGCACUAAAUGAAGGCAGCGCCUUGCAGAGCGGAAUGCAAUCUAUAAUAAAACAAACACGGGCCGGUCGUAAGAACUCGGGAGAUACUGGGACGAGGAGAAGCGGCUCAUCCCAUUCUAAUUAAUAUGACAGAAUCAAACUGUUCAGCCUGCUUUGUGUCAAUGCUCCUUGUGCACAUAGCCAACUAAAACCCCAAACCAGACUGCACGGGAAUGCUUAGCUAUAGAGCAGAGAGAAAGCAAACAAUGCUGUUACAGUGCCUCAAGUUCAGGGUAGCCGGGCUCCUUCUUCUGCAGGGUUUCGGCUGCACUGCUCUGGCUGCGAGCUGGUAAACAGCCUCCUUUCGGCUGGUCCCCACUCCAGAGUCCCAGUAAUUAUUCCUGUCUGUUAGACUAAGCGGAGGCACUGCCGUGACUCUGUACAGAAGGUACAUCCCCACACCUCGCCUGUCCGAGCUGUCUGAACAGCACAGAUACAGGUGCUUUGCAGCAUCUGAAAUCCUUUUUACAGUAGAUUCGAUUGGACACGGAGAAAAUGUCCACCUGUUAUUUCUGUUCUUCCACGAGAAAACGUACAGUAAUUAAAAUCUGCAUGAAACUUGACAUAAUUAUAGGGACUGAGAUGAAUUAGUGAAAAUCAGCAAGGCUUAACGGUCUCAUAGAUUAUAGCCAGGUAUCAGUCUCUCCCCUGGAGGUACGCUUCUCUACACAUUGGAAAUGCAUCCCAUAAGCAUGUGGGGGGAAUGCAAAACAAAUGUGCAUCAUAAACUUUAACAAGGGAACCCAGCUUGGAGAUGACAUUACAAGAUGCAUACUGUUAUUGCAUACUGGCACCUUUGUGGCUCACCCAGCGACUGCCUGGGGGAGAAUUGCUUUGUGAUAAGGAAACGCAGGACAUGGGUGAACAGACAGCAUGGGAUUCUAGCUUGGUAACAUACAGGUAUUCAUACCCACCAAUCACAGCGCCUGGAGGUGACAUCAUCCUUAAGGGUGUGCGCUGCCUCAUCCAUGACGAGGACUACACUGAGUGCACCUGGAAGGAGACCGGCAGACCAGACCACAACUACACCUUCCAGAGCAGGUACAGGACAGGCGCUGAGUAUGCAGAGUGCCCGAGUUACACCCAGGUGGAGGGCUACAAUGUGGGCUGCAGACUGGAGUACAGCCCCAACAUCCGCUUUGCAACUUUCCAAGUGCAGCUGUCCUCAGCCAACAACACGGCCAUCUGGAACAAAGACAUCCACCUGAAACCAUUAGUGAAGCUGUACUCACCAGUAAACCUAACCGUGGUCAACAGCAGCAGCAAUGGUCUGUAUCUGUACUGGAACACCAGCAUGAGCAAAUCCCAUUGCCUGGAGUCCAUAGUGAGGUAGCACUGACUCUGCCUGGCAGGCCACGUGGAACCUGGCUGGUUUUUAAUCAGAUUGAAGUGCAAGAGCUUCAGAAGCAUUGGCUCCUUCAAACAUUGAGAUUUGUCAAUAUGCGCCUCUGACUACUGGAGUGACUGGAGCCAGCCUUUGUACUGGGGGAGCAAUGCCACCGCUAAAGGUACGUCUGAACA